AUGUCGACGGCGCUCGCGCCCAUGGGCGCGCACGUCGCGCUCGGGAUUUGUUACUUUUUAACGGCGCAAAAGACGCUGGACAUGGGAUUGGUGGACCCGCGGGCGCAGCCGCUCACGGGGAUGAUCUACGCCGCGGACGCGCUCUCGGCGUCGAUGACGCGGAUGCUGGGGAGUGAGGGGUCGAGCGCGAGGUCGGCGUCGGGGGGGGGGGUCGGUGUGCCCUCGACGGCGUUUUUGUUGCCGGUGUUUGAUUUAUUCGGCUUGACGUGCGCGUUCGAAGCGAUGCGCGUGCUCGGCGGACCGCUGUAUCAAACCUUGAGCGGGAUGUUGAUCCCUCUGAGCGCGUUGCUCUCUGGAACGUUUUUGAAGCGUAGGUUUUCGACGAGACAGAUGAUGGCGAUCUCGUUGGUGAUUUGCGGGUUGGCGGUGAAGGCGCAGGACGUGCGACGCGCGGCGGCGGCGAGCGGAAAGCCGGUGGACGUGCGAGGAAUUCUCAUCGCGAAUCUCGCCACGGUUUCGUACGGGUUUCGAGGGCUAGUGAUGGAAUAUCUCUCGUCGAGCGGGUCGGGGAUGAGCGGGAACGCGCAGACGAUGUUGAUGGGGACGUGCGGUUUGGCGGCGUUUUUGACGUACUCGGCGUUCACCACGGCGCGCGACGCGGAUGGGAUGAUUUGGGCGUAUUACGACGCCAAGCCACGGGUCUUGCGGGACGUCCUUACGAUUAUCUUGGGUAACAUGCUCGCUCGCGCGUUGAUGGUGAAGAUGAUGAUGCUCGUGGUGCAGCGCGCCGGGGCGACGCAGUUGGCGCUCUCAAACGCGAUUCGAUCCGUCGGCGUCAUCGCGUUCUCUCACGUCUUCUUUUGCGCCAACGAUGCGAGGCAGUGCUUGAACCGAAAUGGUGCGAUAAGCGCAAUCAUGGUCGUCGUCGGCGGUCUCGCGUACGCCCUCAGUACUCCGCCGAAGACGGCAUCGAAGACGGCAUCAAAGCGCGUUGCGCGGACCAAAUCGACGACGAAACAACCGUCGAAGAAAUCCGAGACCGCGCGCGCGCCCUCCGUCCGCCGUCGAUCCGCCCGACUUGGAUAA